AAGGUUGCAAACCAUUUCUGUCGGUAAGAAAACACUUGGAGUAAUCUCUGCGACUGUAAAUCAGCUAUUAUCUUAAAGUAUGGAGAUCUUGGGAGACACAACGAUUGAACAGUGUCUGAAAUCAAGUUUGUUAGAUUAUUUGACGAAAACAAAGACUGGAGCAAUGACCGCAGUGAAACGAAACAUUUUACAAACGGCAAUAUUUCUCUUUGGAAAAGAAACCACAGAUAGAUAUGGAUUUGUGUAUUCCGAAAAGAAAGACGUUGCUGUACAACAGAAGAGAUUUCUCAUCUUCUCCUACUUGUUCCUCGAUGCCCUAAAGAAAAAGUCUAUUUCGGACAAAGCUAUUGCCAUACACAACGGACUGUGGUCCCAACAUUUACACCACCUGGCCAACUGUGGAAAUGAGAAAGCAGCGAAACGCUAUAUAAGAAUUUUGGAGGACAGGGAAGAAACUGUUUUCAAUAUUAAAAGACUGCAACAACAGCUUAAAUCCGUAGACCCUGAGACGGGGAUGGAAGAGGAGAUACUUAAGUUCCGCUGUAGGAAAUCGAACAUGUUUGAGAGAAUCGGGAUGGCGCUGAGAAAACUGUUUUAAAAUUUGAAUGACUUUCAGGAUUAUCAAUUGACGUUAUAGCCUAAUACAUGUACCUCACCACCACCGCCAUCAUCUUCAUUACCUCAUCAUUACCAUAAUCAUCAUUUCUUGUUGUUUCACACUGGUUUCAUCGAAGAAUCAUUAAUGUUCAUUAAAAUGCAUCUCAUGAUCUGCUUUUAAGUUUUAACCAUUCUUUCUUAAAUUUGUAAUUAAAAUUAAAAGACAUUAUAUAUUUUUUAAAACUA